AUGUUCCUUCCGCUUCUUCGUCUUUUUCAAUGUUUUCUACUAUUUGGAUUUUGUUCAAGUUCAAGUAUAAGUUAUGAGAAUUUGAAUAUUGCAAUUGUGUCUGGAUAUGGAAAAAUGCCAAGAAAUGUUCAGGUUUUUCUGGUUUUUUUCAUCGAGGGGGAAAUAAUAAAAGAGUGGUAAUUAGGAGAUACUAGUUAGAAGAAUAAGACAAAAAAGAUAAGAUAAAAAUGAGGAUAAUUGAGGGAUAAACUAGUUAGUUUAUCAUAAACCAAAAUUAUAUAAAAUCAUUAAUAAAAAUAUUAAUGAUAAUUUCAGAUUGAAUUGCAAAGAUCUCUAAUCUGGUUCAAAAAUGCAAUUUCUGUUAGGAAGUUCGAAAAGUCGAUUACUUCUACUGAAUUACUGAAUGUUUAUCCGAAAUUUUCUUGGAUAAAUAUUCAAACAGCUGAAAAAGCCCAAGAUUUGCAUGUAAAUUCACUAGAAUUUGCAAAAUUAUUGGAAAUGUCGAACUUUGUAAUUCUAAUAAAUCGAGAUAUACAAAAAUGUCAAAUAGAUUCGGAACUUCUUGCAAAUGCAAAACCUUUGACACCUGAAGGUUUGAAUCGACCAAAAUUCGCGAUAAUGAAUGUUUGUCAAAAUUUCCAAUUUUCAAAUUUUUUCGAUUUAUUUCGACAUGAAAUUUUACAUGCUUUGGUGAGAAAGUGAAUUAUUUUAAAGUUCAUGGGGAAUUAAAAAAAAUAAUUUCAGGGUUUUGGAUUAUUUAUUCCAUUCGAAGAUAGUAUUCCUAAUCGAUAUUAUAAUUGGUGGACACCAAAAGGGACACAAAAUGUCAGCCAAAUUUUCAUGGAUUUCUCAAAAAGGGCCAAACGAGUAGUUUCUUCACAUUUCAAUUGUUCAACUAUUUUUGGAGUUGAAGCGGAUGGUUUCAAGAAAAAUCAUUUGAAUGAAUAUAUUUUUGGGGUGAGUUUUUUCCUGAUAUUUUUGAGUAGUAAAAAUAUAAAUGGAAAAUAUUGAAGAACGAAUUGAUGACUCCGAAUCUCGAAAGUGGUCAAAACUAUUUCAGUGAAAUUUCUGCUGCAAUUCUAGAGGAAACAUAUUUUGGAGAAAAGUGAGUUUUCAAUUUUCGAAUGAGGUUUCAGAUAUCUUUAGGCCUUGGUACAAAGUGAACAGAAAAUAUACAAUUGAAGAGAGUCAAAAAUAUUGGUAUGGGAAAAACUUUGGCUGUAACUUUAUAAAAUUUUCAUGCUGGAAAUUUUUGGAAACUGCUGGGAACAAAUUGACUUUUCCAUUUUGCUCAAUAAAUAAUGAAAGGGUAAGAAUAAAAAAUCAAGAAUCAGAUCUAAGAAAUGGAAGAUGAUUUUUUUAAUCUGAAGAAUUACUUAUAUAAAAUAAAGUUUUUAGUAUUGUCUAAUAACACCAACCUACAAAAUCCGCUUGUCUUUAAAAAAUUGCCAACAAACUUUCAAUCAUCAAACACAAAUCACAGAAAAUGGUUUGAAGGCUUUUCCUGGUGCAACAUUUUCAAAUUCAAUUCAUCGGUUCUGUCCAAUAGAUAAGGUAAUACUUUUUCUUUUUUCCAACUUCUUUAAAUUCAUUUUAGUUAAAUUCAGAACUUCAUCAAUAUUCCAAAAAACCAUCGAAUCGAACUUUGCUGA